UCAACAAGGCUGAGCGGCGGCACCUGCCGGACUUCCUGCCGGGGUGGGUUGCCCUGCGUUCUCGCAGACUCCUCGUCCGAGCGGCCUUUGUGCGGUUGUGGGGCGCUGACCCCGCGGUCUGAGCCCGGGCUUGCAGCCCAGCGAGCGCGUCGGCUAGCAGGUACCGCCCGGGACCUCGCAGAAGUGCCCAGCCUGGCGGGGCACCCUGUGCUAUGUCGCUGCAGGCCUCGGACUGGGAGGAUGAGGACAGGUUGAGCGUGGGUCCCCUCUCCUCCAUCGCCAGCAUUUACCAGUCAACCAGCGAGUGUGAUGUGGAGGAGUUCCUCAAGGCCAGGGCCACGGCCCAGGAGUCGGAGACAGACUCCAACUACGAGUGCAGCGGCAGCCUUCACUCUUCCAAUGGGCCCUCCAGCACCUUCCACGCCGACGUGCCCCAGGUGGUUCCUUGCAAGUUCAUCAUUUCCUUGGCCAUCCCAGAGAAUGUCGGUCAUAAAGGAAAAUAUACAACUUUGAUUGAAAAAUACAAAAAACAUCCUAAAAUGGAGAAACCUUCUGCGAAGUUUCGCCGUUUCUACCACAUUGAGUACUUCUUCCUGCCUGAUGACCGAGAGCCUAAGCGAGUUGACUUGGUGGUGUUUCCAGCAGUGGCCAAAGUGUUCCUGGAGUCAGGAAUAAAGACGGUGAAGCCGUGGCACGAGGACGACAAAGUCUGGGUGUCGUGGACCCAGACGUUUAACAUCAGCGUGACAAAGGAAUUACUAAAGAAAAUGAAUUUCCACAAAAUAACCUUGAGGCUCUGGGACUCGAAAGAGAAAGUUUCGAGAAAAGUCCGGUAUUAUCGAUUAAAGCCCUCCUGCCAUUUGGAUGAUAUCCAUUCUUUUGAGGAAGUGAGAUAUUUGGUUUUAAACCAGAGAAGACUGUCUGAUGACGUCAAAGCUAACAAUAUCAGAGAGGUGGGGAGCCAAGAGUAUCCACCAGGAAAACAAGAAAAAGCAGAAACAUACUCCAAGUCUUUGCAAGGUUCUCACCAAACAGAGCCUGAAACGUCUCCCAAGAACAGCGAGGAAAAUGAAAAGUCACUCAAAGUGGAUGAUUUUGGCACAGUUCGGAGGAGUAUUUCAAGAGGAACAAAUGUUUCUUUAGGAGGAGUAACCAUGAUGGAGAUAAAGGAAUUAAUUGAGAGAUCAUCCGUUAGCAGCUUAACAAACAUGUUAGAAAAGCAAAAAUCUCAAAGUAAAGGGAGAGAUUUGGAGGUAAAGAGGAGAAGCCAAAAAAGGAGGAAGAAAUCUCGAUUGGAAGAGGAAAGCGACCCCAAGCUGGGAGGCCAGUGGAAGCAGGGCAUCUUCUCCAUCCAGCUGGCAGUGAUGCCACUCCUUGCAGGAUGUCAAAGUGUUGUGAGUCAUGGCAGUGAGAGGUCCGUCAACAUUUUAGAUUGUUUUUUGACUUUAAAAACGGAAGGGCCAAUCAUGAAUGAGGAGCAAAGGCAGCAGUUAAACCCCCUGACCAUAAGGAUCAAGUGUGCCUCCUGCCUUCCGUCACAGCCUGUGCCCUUUCAUGAACUAGAGAGGCUGUGCAUGCCAGUGUACUGCAGAUACCAGUUCCUUGACACUCCGGUUCAUGAGACUGAGGGCCAGGCCCACGGAAGCCACAUCUACUUCCAAGACAUUAAUGUGAUCCUCCUUGGGGCCAUGCACCCCAGCGACCUGAGGGAGUACCUGGAGGGUCCCCCCAUGGUGGUGGAAGUCCACGAUCGCGACCGCAAGUCAGAGGAGUAUUCCCGGAAGCCCACCCUGUUUGGGGAGGACCCCCUGGAUUCCUGCAUCAACCUCCAGGCCCUCAUCUCUCCCAGACAGACAGAGAACAACCCCUUUGAAACCCAGACCAAGACGUGGGAUCCUUACGGGGUGGCCCGGGUCAGCUUUGCCGAGCUCCUUCUCGGCCACACGUACUUGAACCUGUUUGUCCCCAUCCACAACUGCAAGCCCAAUCCCACAGGCCACGCCCAUGACACCAGGAGCAGGAAGGUCGUGGGGUUUCGGGUCCCAACCGACAGCCUCCAGCAUGGCCCAAUGCCCGUCGGCAACUACCUGCAGGCCAACUCCGUCCUCAAGCUGCGAGUGGACAUCGCUGUGCCCCUGAGGGCCGGGGCCGAAGCCCCCGGCCGAGACCUUGGGGGCAGCCAGUUUGGCCGCAUCAUUUUCAUGUUUGACGCCAAGAAGGCCUUCCUCCUGCACAGCCUGCUACAGGACGUCACCACAAUCAAUGCCAAGGCCCUUAAGCUCGAUUGCUACCCUCUCAGGAACAUCCAGCAGAUCUUGUCGGCCUUUAAGAUGCGGGUGAAGGUCCAGGAGCAGCGGGACCUGGAUGUGCUCACCGGCUUCCAUCUGCUGGAUGGGAAGAUCCACCUCUUCAUCCUGGAGGGCUUGGCUGACCAAGGCUUGAGGCAGCUGUGGGAGAGCCACCAAAGCCAAAUUCCCAAAUCGGAAUGCAAGAAAUACAAGGUUCUCUACAACUCCCAGCUCCUAUUCCGUCACCGCCUCUACGCAGACCUGGAGACCAUCCUGUACCACGUGCACCUCUUCAAGCCCUUGUCGUUGCUCAUGAAGCAAGCCAUGCUCUACGUCCGGAACGCGGUGCCGCAGGACGCCUUCCAGGCCCUGAUCAGGCUCCACUGCAUCUGCCAGCAGAGCACCAAGCUGAGGGACGUGGUCACGGGGGAUCUGCUCCCCACCUCUGCCAUGAUCAAGUGCCUGAGCCACGAGUUCGGGAUGCCCAUUUCGCAAGAGGAGCUUUCAGAUGAAAGACUGUUGGCCUUACCGCCUCAGCCCGCCACCAACCUCGAAGAAUUGAGGAGUCGGCAUUCCACCCUCACGUCUGAGAUCCAGGCCCACAAGGAGAAGUACCUGGAGUGGCGGAACACCGUGAUGUCGCAGAGUAAAAAGCCGAACAGCCCGAUCCAGAGAAAUAUCACAGAAGCCUACCAGGUCAGGAAAAAGACUCAAAAACCCAUGGUGAAGAGGAUUAAAAUUUCAGCCCCCGCCACAGAGGCUGUCUACAACUACAGUAUUCAGACCCUGAAUUCCACAGAACUUGCCAAGAAGGAGCUGUACCGAGAGAUGGCCAAGGAGCCAAGGAAGAGAUUCACGUACUCACAAGAAUACCUCUCGGCCAUGGUGGAGCCUCAGGACUCGGAGGCAGAGCAGAAGAAAGCCCAGGAACAAUCUCAGCAGGCCUGGCUCACGGCCAGCAGAUUCCAAGUGCUGGGAACCCAGAGCAGCCUCGAAAGCAACCGCCACCCCAAGCUGCCCCCCAUCAGCCGCAUCGAGGAGCUGAAGGAGAAGUGGAAGGAAAACACACUGUUUGCCAAUGUGCUGGAGCCGGUUUUGGACCGGAAGAGCUGGGGCUGGGCACAGCGCCACGUGGACUUUGAUCUGUACAAGAAGCCACCCACUUUCCUUGAACUGCCCCCUCUGCCAGCACUGAAGCCUGUUACAGGUAGGAAGAUCCUUGAAAGGAGCAGCCCUGUCUCCUGAGCAGCACAGACUGUCCCACCAAAGACGACAGUGCACGCCCUGGGCCCCAGCUGAACAUGCCACCUGCCAGCCUCCACAAGGACCUGUGUGAUCCACCCCCACUGCUUGCUCAUCCCAACCUCCUGAGAGUCCCCUGGGAGGCCCCGUGCCGCCUGACUGUCCCCGCCCCAACCACCUGUUCUCAUUAAACUGCAGCCACACAAGG